CUCUGCCUUCCAGUAGUUGCCGCCGCCUCCUGCUCCGUCGUUUUUGACCGUUGCCGUCAUCUCUUCUGUAGAGUCGCUCGUUCUCGUUGUCCUAUUCGGUCCUUCAUUCAGUGAAGGAGGGGUUAGACUUAGAAGAUUCCAUCAAUGAGAAUGAGAUUAAGCCUAAAAAUAAAAUAAAAACUGUGGCUGAGACAUUAUUGGGAGGAACAGAGACCAGCUCAGGCCUCAUUGUGGCUUGCACGGGCUAAAAGAAAUCAAGUGGUGAUUGGAAGGCUGAACCAUGCAUGUGAAGCAACGUUGCGAACUCUCUAGCUUGCUUUGUGCUGUAUUUGUUCAUCUUGCUUUUGUAUGCAGUUCUUGCUCUAUGUACUAUGAAAUAGAAAUCCAUUGACUAUGGCCAGUGUCAUCUUUUAUCGGACUGAACAAUCAGAAAAUGAAUCCUGAUCUGCAUGCUCUUACCUGUGCGAUUUACAACACUCAUCACUCAAUUUCUCAAGUGAAGCAACUCCACCUGGCUUUUCUCAAAAGGGGUAUUCUGAAUUCUGCACUUACAAUCGGAAACCGCCUUCUUCAGUUGUACUCCAGGUGUGGUAGCAUGGUAGAUGCACGGCAGUUGUUUAUGGAGAUGCCUCAGAGAAAUUGUUUCUCCUGGAGCACAAUGAUUGAAGGUUAUAUGAAGCUAGGUCACAAGUACAAGUCCCUGGAGUUAUUUGAUAUCAUGCCCCAAAAGAGCAAUUACUCCUGGAAUGUGGUUGUUUCAGGAUUUGCGAAGGCUGGUGAACUAGAAAUAGCCCAUCCAUUGUUCAAUGCUAUGCCCAGGAAAAACGAGCUAGUGUGGAAUUCAAUGAUUCAUGGUUAUGUCCGAAACGGGCAACCUGGAAAAGCUUUAAUGCUCUUCAAGAAUUUGAAUUCAGACCCAUCAGAAGCAAGGCAUCGGGAUACAUUCAUUUUGGCAACUGUAAUUAGGGCUUGCACAGAUUUGUUGGCUUUAAGCUGUGGCAAACAAAUCCAUGCUCGCAUUUUCAUUGAUGAUAUUGAACUUGACUCGGUCUUGUGUAGUUCGUUGAUUAAUUUAUAUGGAAAAUGUGGUGAUUUUGUUACUGCAGAUCAUAUUAUGGAUGUUGUGGGAGAGACUGAUGAUUUCUCUCUAUCAGCUAUGAUAUCAGGGUAUGCACAUUCUGGUAGAAUGAAUGAGGCUAGAAGAAUUUUUGAAAGAAAAGUUAAUCCAUGUCAUGUCUUGUGGAAUUCAAUUAUUUCUGGAUAUAUAUCCAAUUGUGAGGAAUUGGAAGCAUUGGCUCUCUUCAACAGAAUGCGUAUAAGUGGGGUUGAGGAAGACCCCUCUACUAUUGCAAACAUUUUGAGUGCUUGCAGUAGCUUGCUCAUUAUUGAGCUUGUCAUACAGAUGCAUGCCCAUGCUACUAAAGCUGGGGUAUCCGAGGACAUUAUUGUUGCUAGUGCUUUGCUUGAUGCAUAUGCAAAAUGUCAAAGUCUUUAUGAAGCUUGCAAAUUGUUCAGUGAGCUCAAAGCUCAUGACACAGUUUUACUUAAUACGAUGAUCACUGUAUAUUCCACUUGUGGAAGAAUUGAUGAUGCUAAAGGGAUUUUCAAGACAAUGUCGAAUAAAACUAUGAUAACAUGGAACUCAAUGGUAGUGGGCCUCUCUCAGAAUGCUUGUCCACAUGAAGCAUUAGAUAUCUUUUGUCAAAUGGUUAAGCUGGACUUAAAAUUGGACAAGUUUAGCAUUGCCAGUGUAAUCAGCUCUUGUGCAAGUACUUCAUCCCUUAAACUCGGUGAGCAAAUAUUUGGUAAAGCUAUUACUAUUGGGCUUGAAUCUGACCAAAUCAUUUCUACUUCCCUUGUUGAUUUUUACUGUAAAUGUGGGUUUGCUGAGAUAGGCCAUAAAAUUUUUGAUGGAAUGAUCAAAACUGAUGAAGUCUCUUGGAAUACAAUGUUGACGGGAUAUGCUACAAAUGGAUAUGGAUUUGAAGCACUAGCCCUCUUCAGUGAAAUGAGGCUUGCUGGUGUUAGACCUUCUGGUAUCACUUUUAUUGCGGUUCUCUCAGCCUGUGAUCAAAGUGGUCUACUUGAAGAAGGAAGAAAUUGGUUCAGUAGCAUGAAAUGUGACUAUAAUAUUGAUCCAGGGAUUGAGCAUUACUCUUGCAUGGUGGAUCUUUUAGCCCGUGCUGGUUCCUUUAGGGAAGCAAUGGAUCUUAUGGAAGAGAUGCCUUUUGAGGCUGAUGCAAGCAUGUGGUCAUCAAUAUUGAGAGGCUGUGUAGCCCACGGAAACAAGACUCUUGGCAAGAAGGCUGCUGAACAAAUUAUUGAGCUUGAUCCUGGAAAUUCGAGUGCUUUCAUUCAAUUAUCUAAUAUACUUGCAACUUCUGACGAUUGGGAAGGAUCAGCUCAAGUAAGAAAUUUGAUGAGAGAUAAGCAUGUUCAAAAGAGUCCAGGUUAUAGUUGGGCAGAUUGUUGAAUAAGAAAUUCUGCUGAGGCCCCCAGUUUUAGCCUUUCAGAUGAAAAGGAACGAAUUCAGGGAGAAAAACCCCCGUAUAAGAACAAGCGAUGCUGGUGGAUUCUAUGGUUCUUGCGCUAUGUUUUGUACUGAUCAAAUGAUCUGAAGACAAUGAAUAGCUCGACUGUAUUUUGAUGGAUUUUCUUUCAAAUACAUGUCAUGGCUUCAGAGUCAAAAAAUGGACCUGAAAAUUUUGAAGAAAGAGGCAAUGAUGCGUUGGGGAUGCAUAUCUGAAGCUAACAAAUAAAGUAUGUUGCACUUACCAACUCCUUUGACUUGACACGUGCAGACUACAGACUAGAAAGCUCAAACCCGAAGCAUAUUUGAAGUAAUAGAGAAGUAGACAGUCAUUUCUCAGUUCUUGCGAAUUCACUUGUUUAGAUGUAAUCACCUUCUGGUUCUUUGAAUGAAGCCUUGAUUAUGUUAAAAUAGAAACAAUUUCACAUUGUGGAAGACAGAACAAUAAUAUUUCGCCUCCGUAAUCCUCUUUCUAGAAAGUGAGGGAUGAGUAUAUUUUGCAUUAUGGACAAUACAAGGAGCAUUAAAGAAUAGGUUUCAUUUUGGGGAAAUUAGGGCUGCAUAUUGUGUCAUCAUUGCUUGUGAUUUCACCAAAGAUCACAUUGAGAAUGACAUUGAGCUCAUAACUGAUAAAGUUUGAAGUGGGCGUGGCCCUUUCAGCUCA